CAUACGAAUUUAACAGUGGCAAGUAAAAAGAAAACGAAGUCUUGGGUUAAAAGUUAGUGAGUCCCACGAGUCUUUAGAAAACGCUAAUAUAUAUUGUUAUUGUUAUUAGACUAUGAUCGAGUACCCACUACCCAUAUCACCGAGAUAUCCACUUACUAAGUGGUGAUCUCUCUCUCUCUCUGAAUGAAGUGAAUAUUUAUUUUUUCGAUAAAAAAAUAGCAUGUAUAGUUAUUAUGGAUGUACUCGAUCAUAGUCUAAUAACAAUAACAAUAUUUAUUAGCAACCUAAAAAAAAAAUCGGACAUGAAGAAUUAUCAAUAAAUCCAAUAAAUAAAUCCGAGCAACUGGUACCGGUACCGAGCAAUCUGGUACCGGUACCGUACCGUUUAGCUGGUACCGUUAGUACCGGUACUGGUACCGGUACCUGCCCACCCCUACUACAAGCGACCGCCACAGGGGCAAGGGAGCGGCUCUGUGUUUCCUGGCUGGGCCCGGACCAUCCUGGAACACUGGAAUUACUGGUGACACUGGGACAGGAGGAGACGAGGAAGGGAUGUCGGCCAUGCUGGGAGGAACACAGCACAGAGACAACACAGGACUGUGUGUGCUGAAUGCCACUACUGAUGCUGAAGUGGGGUCUGAGGCUAGUAGUGUGCUCAGAACUCCCUAGUUCAUUGCUCACCUUGUUUUCCUGAGGUUCCUGCAAGACCAGCCAACUUCUCACGUCAGGAGCAGUGUAGCAGUGGAGACUGCAAGGCUAGGCAGCAGCCAGUGUCCAGGACCAGCAGGAACAGACUGCAACUGGUGUGGGGAUCAGGGGUGGUCAGAAGCACCACCACCACCACCUUUCUGCUGGCACCUCCUUCCACAAAGGAAAGAAAAAGACAGAGUCAGGAGUGUGAGAUUUAAAACUGAGAGCAAGUUCACUAAACAGCCUUGCUCACACUGGUGAAAGAAAUCAUGAGUGCAAAGAGUGUUGAAAAAGAUUCUUUGAGAAGGAUAACCUCAACAAACAUACCCACACACAGUGGUGAAAGAAGUAAUGAAUGCCAUGAGCCUGGAAAAAGGUUCAAGACAAAGAGUCACCUCAACAAACACACUCAUACACACAAUGAUGAAAAAAAAUAUGAAUGUCUAGAAUGUGGAAAGAGAUUCACCCAGAGUAAUCACCUCAAUGAUCAUAGCCUUACACACACUGGGGAAAAGAAUCAUGUAUGUCCAGAAUGUGGAAAGGGAUUUACCCAGAGGAGUCACCUCAAGGAGCACAGCAUUACACACACUGGGGAAAAGAAUCAUGAAUGUCCAGAUUGUGGAAAGAGAUUUGCCCUGAAGAGUAACCUAAAAAAACACACAUCUACACACACUGGGGAAAGAAAUUAUGAAUGUUUAGAAUGUGGGAAAAGUUUUGCCCGGAAGAGUAAUCUCAAUGCUCACACCCUAACACACACUGGUGAAAGAAAUCAUGAAUGUCUAGAAUGUGGAAAGAGAUUUACCCAGAAGAGUAUCCUCAACAAACACACCCUUACACACACUGGUGAAAAAAAUUAUGAAUGUCUAAUAUGUAGGAAAAGCUUCACCAGGGACUCUGACCUCAACAAACACAUCCUACUACACACUGGGGAAAAAAAUCAUGCAUGUCUAGAAUGUGGGAAGAGAUUCACCCAGAAGAGUACCCUCAACAGACACAUGCGUACGCACACUGGUGAAAGAAAAUAUGUGUGCCACGUUUGUGAAAAGAGAUUCAUCCAGAAGAGUCACCUUGAUGAGCACACCCUCACACACAUUGGUGAAAGAAAACACGAAUGUAAGUUAUGUAAGAAAAGGUUUGCCAGUGAGUCUCACCUCAAUAGACAUAUCUUUAUGCAUACUGAUAAAAGCAUACAUCAAUGUCUAGAAUGUGGAAAGAGCUUCACCCAGAAGAGUGACCUCAACAAACACGCCCUUACACACACUGGUGAAAGAAAUCAUGAAUGUCUUGAAUGUGGAAAGAGAUUUGCCCAUAAGAGUACCCUUAACGCACACAUCCUAUUACACAACGGUGAAAGAAAACAUGAAUGUCUAGAAUGUGGAAAGAGGUUUGCCCAUAAGGGUGCCCUCAACAGACACAUCUUUACACACUCUGGUGAAAAAAAUCAUGAAUGUGUAGAAUGUGGAAAGAGAUUCACCCGGAAAUUUGACCUUAACAAACACAUUGACACACACACUGGUGAAAAUCAUGAAUGUUUAAACUGUGGAAAGAUAUUCACCCAUAAGAGUGCCCUCAACAAGCACACACUGACACAUGCUGGGGAAAAGAAUCAUGUGUGCCAUUUAUGUGGAAAGAGGUUUACCCUGAAGAGUCAUCUUAACAGACACACCCUGACACAUGCUAGUGAAAGUCAUGAAUGUCUAGACUGUGGAAAGAGAUUCACCUUGAAGAAUGACCUCAACAAACACACUCUUAGACAUGCUGGUGAAAGAAAUCAUGAAUGUCUAGAAUGUGGAAAGAGAUUUAUUCUGAAGUGUCACCUUAAAUCACAUUCCCUUACUCACACUGGUGAAAGAAAUCAUGAAUGUCUUCAAUGUGGGAAGAGAUUUGCCCAUAAGAGUACCCUUAACUUACACAUCCUAUCACACACUGGUGAAAGAAAACAUGAAUGUUUAGAAUGUGGAAAGAGAUUCACCCAGAAGGGUGCCCUCAACAGACAUAUCUUUACACACACCGGUGAAAAAAAUCAUGAAUGUCUAGAAUGUGGUAAGAGAUUCACCCGGAAAAGUGACCUUGACAUACACAUUGUAACACACACUGGUGAAAGAAAUCAUGAGUGCUCAGAGUGUGGCAAGAGAUUUGGUUCAAAGGUUGUAUUGAACAAUCACAUCUACAGACACACUGGCCUGAGAGAGUUCAAGUGUGAUGUUUGCGGAAAGAACUUCAAGAUGAAGCGGGAUAUCUUCGCACACAUGAAGAUUCAUUUCUGAGGUGUUGUGUUGUGCUCUAGUGCUGCUGUGUGGAGGGUGCUGAGAUGCAUCUUUGCAUUCAAGACAGAGCAAGAUGUCUUGGGUGAACCUUGUAGUCAUGCCAUUUUAUUUGGGUGGCAUCCAAGAUGUCUAGUUAUGCCAGGGUGUCUUUUUCCCCGCAAGACAUGACUCCUGGGUGUUGGCAGCAGAGGAAACACAAGGAUAGCAGACACAACACACCCCGCUGCUGUAUUGCUAGAGACCAUCCCAGCACAUUGUUCAUUACUUGUGAAAAAGAUACCAUCAGCUGCUCCGGCAACAGCCACUGCUUCAACAUCUGCUGGCCCUAUGACACCAGCCACUGCUUCAUCAUCUGGUGGCCCAAUGACACCUGCCACUGCAAGGGAUGACAAUGAAGCUGCUCCACCACAGUCACCACCUACUUCAUCGGAGUUAAGAGAUGCCUUUCAUAGGGCAGCAGUAUAAUUUUUUGAUGCUGGUGCUGAAUAUUACUGCCUCAAGGCUAUGAUUUUGUCACUUUUUUUUUUUUAAUACUGAGGAGGUUAGGGUGUAAGGGGUGAAAAAUAAUCUCUGCUGUUUUUCGACAGAAAUGGUUAGCAAAUUCAUUCAAAGCACAAAAUUUACCAGAAAAAAAAUUGUGUGCCAUUGCGAGUGGGUUCACUUGAGAUUAGGCUCCAAUACCCCUCCGUGGUCUAGUGGUCAGCAUGCCUGGCUUCUACACGGGCCCAGGUUCGAAUCCCGGCCCGGGCAGUCGGCGUGCAGCUCACCCAGCUGAUCAUCCUCCCUCUCGGGCUGGUCGAUAAAUGACUACCUGGGGAAACCUGGGGAAACUGUGGUAACCCGGAUGUCACACUGGCCCUGUGUCCCAGGGUAAUGGGCUCCCUCCCACCACAGGCUCAAGGGCCAAUGUUACGGAGAUGAGCUCCGAGGCCACGCGCUGCUACAGCGUAUGCCCCAGCUUUACCUUUACCUUUAUUGGCUCGACUGACAGACAUGGCUUUGUAUGUCGAAGGUCACUGGUUCAGUCCCCACAGCCAGCACUCUCUAACUUGGAUUUUUCUGAGUUCCCUAGAGCCUAGAUUAAUUUCUCUGUGUUAAAUGAGGAGAUUUGCACCGGCACCCAGUCGUGGGUGUUACAAGAUACGUUGUUACAAUCAGGGGCGUCAUUUGGAUUUCAAAAGUGGGAGGGACAUUAGGGCAGAUAGUUAUAUAUAUAUAUAUAUAUAUAUAUAUAUAUAUAUAUAUAUAUAUAUAUAUAUAUAUAUAUAUAUAUAUAUAUAUAUAUAUAUAUAUAUAUAUAUAUAUAUAUAUAUAUAUAUAUAUAUAUUAUACCAUCAUUAGCUUAUAACACCUUUAGGCACCGAUCAUAUUUGCAUUUUAUGUAGUCUGUGAUGCAGGCAGGAUAUUCAUUAGCACCUAAUUAGACUCAUGCUGUUCUCCAGUGCUCUCUGAUGCACUCACAAUCAAAGAUGCAGUAUACCUAUAUGGUAGCAUUGAGUAAUCUUAGGUCACUUGGUAAAGUGUUCACCUAAGUCUGACCCAAGCUGACAACAUAAACCUAAGCGUGUUUGCAAGCUGAGUGCUUAGAAUAUUGGCAUAAUAUUAAAAGAUGCUGAAAACUGGAUUCCACUACUUUAUUGAAUAUAUGAAUAAUUAUAUACUGAAUUUAUAAUGGAGCCAAGAUUAAAAAGCUAUGUUUUUCAGUGGUCAUACCAUGAUCUCAUGAAAAUAAAUAGGUUGACAUAUAAAAUUAAUUACUACGUAUUUUGGUAUGAUGACCAUUGCACGUUAAUACCAUAGCUUUGCUAGCAUUGAGUAAUCGUAGGUCACUUGGUAAAGUGUACACCUAAGUCCGACCCAAACUGACAACAUAAACCUAAGCGUGUUUGCAAGCCGAGUGCUUAUAAUAUUGGCAUAAUAAUAAAAGAUGCUGAAAACUGGAUUCCACUACUUUAUUUAAUAUAUGAGUAAUUAUAUACUGAAUUUGUAAUGGAGCCAAAAUAAAAAUGCUGUUUUUCAGUUGUCAUACCAUGAUCUUAUGAAAAUAAAUAGGUUGACAUAUAUAAUUAAUUACUAUGUAUUUUGUUAUGACGACUAUUGCACAUUAAUACCAUAGCUUUGAAUCCAAUCAUGAAUAUCUUCAAGCAAGACACAAAUAGCAACAGAUUGGACACCAAUUCACUCAGUAAACACAAUACUCCAGAAAAGUAUACACACUGAAUUCACAAUAAAGUUGUUUUUCCACUUGGAACUUUGUAAACAGAAACCAAGUAACCUCGUUUUACUUCACUCAUAAGUCAUGAUGUACAAUCGUGGGACACAAGUGAGGGCACACUGUCCACUGAGUUUCGCUCUGCGGCCCCGACUUUAAAAUAUAUCUACCGCAUGGAAAGAGGCUAAUGUUCAGAUAUGUCACUACAAAUACACACUCCAUAAUUUAUUAGAUAUGAAUUUGUCAGUUGUGCACACUGAUAACAACUUUUAAAUUCGCGGACGAAAAUGUCUCUUUACACUUCGUUCAAAUUUAGUCAGGGACAGCUAAAGUUGUUUACACCACUAUUAUGCAUUUGAAUAAAUGUUGUAUUCAUUCCUGCAACGUCCUCGCUAAGAAAAUACAAAGAAAACAUUGAUAACGUGCACAAAAAUUCUGAUAUGGUUUAAAAAUAUAUAAUGAUACCACCAUUUAACUCUCGCUUAACAGUGUUAUGCAAUGACGUCAUCGACCAUGCCAGCCGGCGCAUUUAAGAAACUAUAGUCUGUUCGGAGCAUGAAGUCGGUUCAAGGUGUGGCAGAUUCCAGAAUUCCUAUGAGUGCAGCGCUGCCAGUUCGACCGCCAGUUAUCAGAUUAGCGCACUCUCCCGGCCUACCCACCCACAACCUCCCUGUUUAUCUCUCUCUCUCUCUCCCUCUCGACCCGGGGGAGGGACCUAGGGGGACACACCGACCACCACCACCACUACCAACACCACAACGUGGCAACAUGGGAAAAAAUCGCUGCCACAUGUCAUAGAAUUUAUACAAAUCCUUGUUAUAAUCCUAAACAUCGACACUCAUUGUACUACGUAGCUUCCUUUACUAUAUACAGAAUAUAUAAAAUAUCGCUUUCAAAUAGCACAUGGAUGGGAAAUAAGAGAGAGACGCAUGUACGAAGGCUGAUUUGGCAGCAUGGGUAGAGGUAAACGACGAUACCAGGUCCACCCUGAACCGACUUCUUGCUCUGACAGACUAUAGUAGGCUAUUAUGAAUUGAAAUGAAUUACAAAGCUAUUAUUUUGCAUUUGAGAAUACUGAGCGAUUCGUUUGCAUUUAUGAAACUAGGCUAUUACUUUGCAUUUACGAAUACCAAGUUAUUAUUAUGCAGUAGGCUAUUAUUUUGCAGUAACUUUUUUUCUUAAGAGAAAUUAAUCUCUCUCUCUCUCUCUCUCUCUCUCUCUCUCUCUCUCUCUCUCUCUCUCUCUCUCUCUCUCUCUCUCUCUCUCUCUCUCUCUCUCUCUCUCUCUCUCUCUCCCCCAGAAUGCACACUGACGACCAAAGCCAAGCAAGCUUCUAGCUUAUGGAAUGCAGAAAAUCUUAUACAGAGCAUGCACUAGUGGAAACAAGAACAUUCAUAACAGAUUUUUUAAAGAAACAUAAUCGUCGUGCAGUUGAUGCUCUCAGUUUCGUAAGAAAAAUCCUUCAAUAAUAUAUCUCUCACACCCACACCCACACUGUGGUCCUUGCACACACACACACACACACACACACAUACGUCACAUAUAACUCGAAUGUAGCACAGCUGGAUAGUUGCUGUCUUUCGCUAGCGGCGUCCGAAACUUUUUGGAAACUGUGUCAACAUUUGUGUCCCACGACUGUACGUGAUGUGGUCACCUCGACCUUUCGUUCCUCCUCCCUCACACUGGCAGACGUCACUAACAAGCUUUCUUACCACCAUUAUCUCAAUACGAAUAACUGGCAGGAGUAAUUUGUUUUGUAACUUGAUUGUAAAGCAACAAUAAUUAUAAAUCAUAUUUUAAGUUACAUUUUAAUGCAAUUUUAAUGUCAUCUUUUUCAUUUGUAUGUGUGUACCUUUCUGCUACAAAUAAAAGUUCUUUUCCCA